CAUCUCCUUGGUCUUUUCUACUCCCCCACGCGAAGUUGGUCCAGGUGCAAGGUAGCAGCGUACCGUCAAGCGCUUCUAGAAAUUGGCCAACUGAGGUUCCUGGAUGGCAAUUCGAGGUCUGACGCAACAUUCGACGGAGCAUCUCAGGAAUAUAGGCCACACAGUCCAACCAGAUCCUCGAUAGUUUCACGCACCCUCGAGACAAAAUGGGCAUCGUAAUACGGCCCAUCGCCGCAGCAGACAUCCCGUCCGCGGUGGAAUGCAUCCAACUCGCAUUUGCCGAUGAUCCCUACCAUCUGUGGGCCUUUGACUCGGCAAGCUUCAACAAGGAGCGCAACUUUGCCAGUCUCAAGGCCAAAUGUGAGUGGGGGAUGCGCCACGCUUUGUUCUUCGUGGCCAAGGAUACAGAUGACACAGACGGCAGGGUGCUGGGAGUCGGCAUGUGGAUGAAGCCUCGGAACGUCAAUCAGAAGCAGAGCUGGGGAGAGUGGAUCGACGACUACAUCCUCUGGUUCAAGCAGGGGUGGAAUCUUGUCCGGUUUCAAGGACGUGGCGGGUUGAGGACGAAUCGGUAUUGGAUCUGGAAGCGUGAGCAGGCCGUUGCGCAGUCAGAAAUCUGGACCGACCCCGAGGGAUACUACUUCUGCAACAUCGUGACCGUCAGGCCCGGCAUCCAGGGCAAGGGGAUCGGGCGCCAGCUCUUUGAGACCGUCACCGACAUGGCCGACAAGGAAGGGCGCCAGUGCUACCUGGAGUCUUCCAAGGAGAAGCCCAACAUUGCAAUCUAUGAGAAGAUGGGCUUUCGGCUGGCCCGCAAGAUGGUCUGCGAGGAGGGAGGGGACGUCUGCGACCUCUUCUGCAUGGUCAGGGAGCCACAAUCCAAGCCGUGAACCGGGCAGGUCUAGGGGACUUGCCGCUGAAGACAUCCCCGCUGAGGUUUGCCGUAUCGACAGCACACAAUGUCCAUACACAAGCACGCUCACUGUCUCCGCCCGCAUCUUGUCAAGUAAGCGGCCGUAAGUUCCACCAGCGACGGGGACUAGGGAGGACUUCUGGGCCAAGGUCUCGCUGUCGUUGGCUCUUUGAACCCGAUGUCCAGGGUGUUUCGCCGCAGCGGUGCCUCUGAAAUCCUGUUCGUGGGUCUCUUCGAUGCAGCCGGUCAAUCAUCCAUCGUCACCAGGUGCCCGAUCGAGGCGCACUUCGAGAGCUAUCUGCCCAUGCCUGGCUGACGCAGCAGCAGUAGUCUCUCCCUGAUGUUCUCCUGCUCUCUGGGAUGACGCUGCUCAGACUGGCGCCUGACAGCGAAGUAGGUUCGAGCAGUCGCCAUUUGCCAUGAAGCAGAGUGUGCCCGGAGAACAAGUCGUGCUUGGAAAUGUGGCAAGUCGUCUGCCGAGAAGUUCUCUCGACGAAGCUUUGCGGCGAUGAUGGAUCUGGAGAUCCUCAGUCUGCGAUAGUCAUGGUUGAUUAGCAAUUCAAAGCCGAAGUAGCCAGACUGGCUACUGCUUGCAAGGUUUUACUUUUAGUAAUCGUUAUAUCCUGGACGACUUCGGACAUUCGAGCGGAUGUUAAGCAUGAGACCAGAGCUCUCACGACCAUCUCUUGGGUAGUUGUGUCGAUAGUCAGGGAGUGCAAAGGGAGAGGGACAAGUUGGUGCGGUUCUGGAUCGCAGAGAUGGACUGAUCAGCGUAUCUCACACCACAGUAU